AUGGCGUACCCCGCCGAAAUGCAGCGGCUACAGCAAGAGGUUGCACAGGCUGCGGCAUCCUGUAAGUGUGAAGCCACCCUGCAGAGAGCCCUGAAUGUACUGACCGGGGAGCGAAGCGUCUUGGUGGACAGCUUCUACAAGGCCAAGGAGGUGCUCCAGCACUGGAACUUCCUGGAAGGCUGGCGCCACGCCAAGGUGGAGGACUACAUGCCCUCGGAUGCCCCAGAGGUGCUGAAGAGCCUACGCGAAUCUCCAGGCCACUUCGGUCUGGACAUCGGGGGCACCCUGGCCAAGGCAGCGCAGCUCCUGGAAGCGGGUCAGGACCACAUGCCGCCCUCGACCUUCGGGAAGACUGGUACCUUCCACAAGGAGCUGUCUUUCCAGCUGAAGCUGCCAGACAUGGUACGCGACGUGCACUUUCUGUCUGGCGCCACCUUUGGCUUGGAGAUGGUUUUGAAGAGCCUCCAGGGAUUGGAGGCCGCAGAGCCCGCGCCCGUGCCGGCCAUGCGGCGUGUGGUCGUAGCCGGCGGCGGGGCGCAUCGUCUUGCGCAGCUGUUUAGGGAGUCACUCACGGUGGAGGUGGUUCCUUUCAAAGAGAUGGAGUCUCUCGUGAGCGGCCUGGCGUUGCUCCACCACUAUGGCCCUGAGGACGAAGUGUUCCAGAUCCUACCGGAUGGUACCAAGGAGUUUGUGGACUGGCCCGAUCCCAUGUAUCCUUGCAUCAUUGUGAACAUCGGCUCGGGUGUCAGUGUCCUCCGUGUGGACCAGGGCGAAGACGGCUCAAGCCCCUUCUUCACUCGCCUGGGCGGCACUGCGACGGGGGGUGCCGCUUUCCUGGGCCUCGUGAGGCUCCUGACUUCCGCCAAGACCUUCCAUGAGUGCCUGGCACUCGCGCAGAAGGGGGAUGCCAGGAAUGUCAACAAGCUGGUCAGCGACAUUUACGGCGAGGAAGGCUGCGGGAACCUGGGUUUGGCGCCGGGCCUCACUGCGGCGCACUUCGCCAAGGUGACGAUGAAGGACUUCGACAACCCUUGCUACUCCGAGGCGGAUGUGGCUACAGCCGUGCUCACCAUGGUCGUGUCUGCCAGCACCGUCAUCGCCCGAGCAUUCUCACGCUCGGUGGCGAGCACGACAGCAACUGGCAGCAGCCACAAUGAUGCGAGAAAGUCAGAGGAGAGGAAAGAUGAAGACGCUGCGGACGGCCGCGUUCGGAGAUUCCACUCCACAGGCUGCGGCUCGAGCUGGGAUCUGCAGGCCGCCGCGCAGAGAUCCAAGGCUCAGCUGCUGGGCGCGGCGCCCUAUCCUGGGGAGCGGAAGACGCCGGUCUUCUUCGUCGGCGGCUUCCUGGCCGAGAACCGGAGAGCCUGGGAAAUCAUUUCCAGAUCGUCACUGCAGAUUGGCCCUGAACUCCGUUUCGUUCGCGGCUCUUCUCUGAGAGGCGCAAAGCCCAUCAAGCUCGAGACGGGAAAGGUCUUUGGCGAAAUCGCUCUCAUGAGCGAGGACUGCAAGAGGAAAGGACGCUGCACGGCUCUGAAACACUCAGAGCUCCUGUCGCUUCACCGCGACGACUUUCAGUGCAUCGGCAUGUCGCAGGAGAACGGGGUCCGCGAGAGGGCCGCCUAUCUGCGCUGUGUGGAGGAGGGUCUGCUGGAGGAUAUGUCCUACGUGGACUUGCAGGCCAUGGCCGGCAACCUCACCGAGAAGAGCUACGUCGGCGAGCACGAAAUUCUGCAGCAGGGUGCCGAGGUGGACCGCGUCAUCUUCGUGAAGAGCGGCUUCUGCAAGCUGGUUCGGCAGCUUCAUCCCAAGUACACCGAGAUGUUCUGCCGCUACGCACACUAUGGCGAGCCCAUGCCCAACCCCUUCGCCGAGGGGGAGGGCGGUCUCCGGGUGGGGCAGAAAGGGGUAUGGCCUGACCAGCACCGGACGAAGCGAAAGUCCACGAAGACGGAGGACGUGUCGGCCAACUCAUCGUUCAGUAUCAAGUCCCUCGCGGGCCACCAGAUGCUGAAGAAGGUCCUGCCACUGAUGGCCACCGAGGAGACUGGGGAGGCCUCCUCCCCCUCUGCGGAGAAGCGGCCAGGGAGGACCGAUACCACGAGCAGCUCCUCUGCAGAGGCGCCUAAGGAGGAGCGGGCGCCCGACCAGGGCCUGCAGGUGGUGGUGGACAUCAUCUCCAAAGGGAGCUCCGUCGGCGUGAUGGAGCUCAUGGAGGGCCUCACCUACCAAUGCACCGUGAUCUCGGCACCCCUUGCGGAGAUCUACUCCAUCUCGAAGUUCGACUUCAUCAGGACCCACAAGACCAUCACGCACCGCCUCUUCUGCAACUACAAGGCCCGCCUGUCAGACUCGCAGCUGAUCUGGCGGCUGGUGCAGAAGUACAGGUGGGACCACUACAAGCGGGGGCUGCUUUCGGAAAUCCGCAGUUGGAAUAGCUCCGCAAGCCGCGGAAUCAUCGACAGGGAGGACCCCGUUCCCAUGACGGGCGCCAGCUCAUUGGGGGAUGAGACUUGCCUCCGUGUCGGUCGUGGUGAAAAGCUCUGGGACGCCCGGGCACAGACACCGCCAAAUGAAACCUACGACCCAGGGCGGGCUGUCAAGCAGAUCUUCCACGUGGAUUGCUCGCGGGAUGAUGAUGGCAAGCCUGUUGUCACGGUUGAGCGCGAGCAGCGGGACGCCUCCAUGGACGACUUCGAGCGCAAGCUGCAGGACACCAUGGCCACAGCUCGAUACCGGGAUAAGCUCCGGAGGACCGCGAAGAACGUGGCCAGUGGCACUUCGCUGGAGAAUGGCUCUGCAAAGGCCGGCGCCAACGCGGUGGCCUUGACACAGGAGCUCGAGGAGGCUGCCAAGAAGACGCUGGAGGAGUACCAGCAAGUGCAGAAGGAGCGGAUCGAGGGCCUGCGGCAAGCUGCGCGCGACAAGGUGAAGUCCGAGAAGACUCCACGUGAACCCAAGCGCAGCGCGAGGAACUUGCUGCGGCAGCAAACGCGGCGGGAGUUCGGAAGACCCCCAAGUGCGAGCAGGGGUUCCAGAACUCAUCGAGCAACCGUGGCUGCGGGCCUCGCCAACGAGCCCGUGGCCUUGCCCGCCGUCCGCAAGAUCCGGAGCAUCCCGGUGAAGCUGCAGCAUUCCGACGGGGCCAGGUCCAUCUCGGCAUCGCCCAGAGUUCCAAGACAAUCGCGCCUGUCUCGCGAAAAAGGCGGGUGA